CUCCCUGCAUCACUGCGCCCCUGCUGCCUCCCCCACCUCCGCGCCUGUCCUUCUCCUGCUGUGUGCCCCCUUGGGCCCCAAGGCGUCCCUCGGCUGCCCCGCCCGCGUCUUGGACCCAAGUCGCCGCCGAGAAAAAAGGUGCCUCCCUGCUUCCCUCCCCUGCCCCCCCUCCGCCGCCCCCGCCUCCCCUCCUCACCUGCCCCGACGAGGGAGGAGGGGGAGGGGUGCGGGGAGGAGAGGGGGAUCUGGCGGGUGGCCGCCGCGAGGGCCUCCCAGGCAUUGUUGCCGGCAACGGUGGCCAGGCGCGACGCCCGACGCAGCUGCGCCGCCGCUACGGGCGAAAGGGCCUGCUCGGGAGCUGAUGUCCCCCCCCCCCCCCUCGUAGCGAAACGCUCACCGCCCCCCAUCCUUUGCGUCCCCAGCACUGCCGCAGUGCGUCCAGCACCACAGUCCGUGGUGCCACACCUGCAUGGCCGGGGGGGGCGGUACCGUAGGCCCCCGCCGCCCCCCUUCCCCCCCAUAACGGCCGCUGUCGCCGCGAGUCAGACAAUCUCAUGUUGAAUAUCGGGCGAAGGUGGUAAACCGAGCGCAACUCGUUCUGUUCCCGUCUGCGUUGUUCCCUGUUGUCCUGUGUGGCUCAGACAACAGCCCAGGGACGUCGUCAAAAGAUGCAGGUGGGUGAGUCCAGGGAGUGUGAGCUUCGGGUGGGGGGCGUGCAGCAGAGCGCCCCCACCCCCCAUGGGCCCCCCUCUCGCUCCACUGCGGCUGGCUCCCCGACGAAAGAGGAUAUCGUCUACACGUAGGAGUGGCCUUUCGCCGGAGUGACCUUUUUUGCGGGCCCACGGGGGUCUCCCGACCGUUGAAUGCGAUCCGAUAGCAACGGGUUGCGCGCUUGGGUUUGGCCCUCCCACCGCGUCCCCCUAAAGCCGCGCCGCGCACUAAAGGUCACUCUUGCCUGGGGGCAAACAUGCUUGUAGUCGAGGAGAGGGGAGGGCGAGGCGAAGGAUCGCCUCACGCCAGAGACGUACCGUCCGGACAGGCGGACCUCUACGAGCUGCACUUCCUGGAGGUGGCAGUCAUUGGGGAGUGGGGCAAAGGACAGGGUGCAGGUGCAGGUUUUUGCGUGCGGGACCAGGGCAUCCCCUCCUUGGAGGAGUUGGCAAACGCCUAUGCGAACGGAUCCUAGACCUCUCUGGAAGGCACCCUGCUUCUCAGAAGGGCCGUGCCCUGAUGCCUGUCCCUUUCCCUCACCGCAGAAGGUGUCCCCGUUCGUGUCCCGCAUCGUGGCGGUCGAUCCUAAGAUGACGCAGCAGGGGCACCAGAGGAAUGUGAGCCUCAACAUGUCAUCGCCGCGCUUCCGUCGGUUCGGAGACCAGUUGCGUCGAGUGGAGCUUGAGAGUCCCACUGGGGGAAAGACGUUGUCGCAGCUGUCGGUGGCGGAACGCAGCAGCCUCCUGAGGAGCGGCAGGGAGCCGCUGAAUUCUGCGUUUGUGCUUGAACAGUGGACGCGCGCGCAGAUGGAGCAGGGUUUCAAGGAUUCGCAUGGUAAUUGGGAGAUGGAGGAGGGCGACAUAGUGAUCGUCGCCGACUCUGACGAAAUUCCACUCCGACACUUUCUAGCCGCGCUGCAGUACUGCGAGGUGCCAUCGUUCAAGAUGGUGAAUCUGAUGCUGGAUCAGGGGAUGGAACAUACCCUCGCUUGCAGAGGAGCGGUCGUGCCAUUGCGGUCUCAGGUCUACGAGUAUUUCAUGGACUGUCCCACUAAACAGCCGAUCUGGAUGCGCCCUAACGUGGCACUGGCGCGGUGUCUGAUGAACGGCGAGAUGGACUUCGAGGACGUUCGGACUAGCAGUCGCCACCGCACGUCUCCGCCGAGAAAAGUGGCUGCCCGCCACCUGCACAAUGUCGGGAUGUCGCUGCAGGACUUAGGAGGGACAAAUCGGCACAGACACGAAUAAUCGUCGGUUUCCGGGAAAACGUGUAAACAUAUGCGAGAUGGAGGGGAAGACGAGCAUCCAGAAGGUACGGGGAAAGAUAGUAAUCCUGGAAUGUGCUUCUACUUGAUUGUGUCUCCCUGGGCCCCUUCAAGGACAUCGUGUUCAAGUACGGGCACUAUGUCGAGCCCAGGACCGAGUUCCUCGACAGCGGGCUGGACGUGGAGACGAACCAGGAGAUGAUGUGGCGCGGCUGCGACCCGCGCGCCCCAGAGCUGGGGCCCGGAUCCUGGUACAUGAGCCUGCGGCCGUCCAACGACUUCAUCGAUCCGCGCAACGCCCGCGGCUACUGCGUGGAGUACGAGGGCCUGCGGCGGGGCCUGGACCUCCCCUUCGCCCUCCUGGAGGAGCGGCCCGAGCUGGCCGGCGGCCUCCUGUGGCGGGGCCACGCGGAGCUCAGGAACCCUUUCGCUGGCAGGAAAGGCGGAACAAACUAUUUCCAUGACUGAACUUGUGGAGACCUUCUCGACAACCGAGGACGCUGCUUUUGUUUGUUUUGUCUUAGGUUCGCAACUGUUCUUCCACAAGGCACCUUCUGUCGACUUCGCUGCUCGCGCUACAACGCCGACCAUAUCAGGACAGCUAUGGCGCAGUAGCCACUGCACUGCUAGCAUCGUUGCUGCCUCCGGCCAGCUUCUGGGAUAAUAUUUUCACGUAGCAGGCUCGAGCUGCUGUUUGUGCGGUUCACUCGCUGUGCGAUAAUCGACACGAUGUGCAAAAAAC